AUGACGUCGACGUCGGGGAGCGGACCAGGGCUCGCGAGGGGGGACGGAGGGGCGUUCGCGCUGAUCGGGACGCCGGGACGAUGCGUGACGACGUUUCGAGUGCGGAAACGAACGCGGUUCGGGCAGCGCGUCGUGCUCGUCGGGUCGACGGCCGAGCUCGGGACGUGGCGAGUGCUGGGAGGGUCGAUUCGGUGCGCGCCCGAAGGGAACGAUUGGUGGAGCGCGACGGUUUGUUUGGAGGUGCCGACGAGUCGCGUGGUCGGCGAGGAGUGCGUGGUGUGCGAGUAUAAUUUCGCGGUGAUUGACGACGUCGCCGAGAGCACGGGGCCGACCUACGUGUGGAGAAGUGGGACGAGCGCGCUAAUGCUUCCGAGCUACGCGUUCAUGGUGGAGGUUGUCGACGUGUGGACCGAAGAGAAGCGAGAGUUUACGUCUCUGACGGAUACGUUUCGCAUGAACGAACCGGCGCUGAAACAAGUGCUUCAGUACUACACCGGCGGUGCGAGCAAGUCUCUGCGCGCGAGAGACGAUCGGAACGUGAAGACGGAGAUUUGGUUCCCGAGCGACGACUGCGCGGUUCUGACGGAGGACGGUGAGGCGGUGGAGAUUUUGGAAAACGUUCGCGACGAAGAAGAAGGCGACCAAGCGAUGCGCGUCGGCGACGUCUAUCUCGGUACGGUGGUGAGCAAGGUGCCGAACAUGAAAUCACUGCUCGUCGGCGUGGCGACGAAGAAUGGCAAGUUUACAAAGACGGUGUUACUGCGCGACGGUCUGUCACAGCCGGCGGCUUGGUGGAAAGGCCAAGAGAGCGACAAAGUCGUCAUCGAGGCGUCGGAAGUGUCUCUACCGGAUGAAGACGAAGACGUCGAGAUGAAGCUCAUCAGCUCCAUGAUGCAUUCGGAUAUGAACGACCAGCUUGCGCGCGCUGGUAAGCAAGCCUUUGGAAUGUAUAACAUCGGCGAUGCCGUGAUUCUUGAAAUCAUUCGAGAUUCACGGGAACACAAAGGCGCGAUCGCGACGGCGGAGCCGAGCCUCACCGGACGGUUUACGGUUUUCAAAGGCACGGCGAAUGGGGUAAGCGCGCACGCCAGUAAGAAAUUGAGCGUCGUGACGCGCGACUCGCUCGCGCAGUGGGGCGAGAAUACUUUGAAGCAAACGUGGCGAUAUGGCCUCGAGAAGAUAAAAGAUAAGAAUGAAGCGCCUCUUUUCACCGGGUUUCACGGCGGCGGCGCGCAUCUCAUCAUGCGCUCCGCGAGCGCGAGCGCGCCUCCGGACGUGGUCACGCGCGAGGUAAGCGAACUCACGCGUCGGUGGAAGUCUAUGUGCAUCAGUGCUGCGAAAUCCGUCACGAAGUCGCGGAAGCGGCAGCAGCCUUUGGUGCCGCGAUUAUUGUGGCGCGACAACACAAAUUUCAAAGGAAUGGUUCUUCGCGAGCUCGCGAGCACGAACAUUCACAGCAUCGUCAUGCCGAACGACAGCAAGCCGGAAGAACUUGAAGAAAUCACAAAGAGCGUGUCGACGCUGCGCGCGGAUACCGAAGAAAUGCAAACCGUCGUCCGCGUGGGGUCUCAAGUGAAAAUGCAAAACUUGAUCCGACGCGCGAGGACGUUUAGCGAACGCGUGACGAUUCCAGAUACGCAGUCGGCGCAGCUCGUGAUUCAAUCCACAGAAGCGCUGACAGCGAUCGAUGUAAACACCGGCUCGAGCCGUAUGAGUGUGGCGGAAAUCAAUGUCAUGGCUGCUCGCACCGCAGCGGCGGAAAUUAGGCGGAGGAAUAUUUCGGGAAUCAUCGUGAUUGACUUUGUCAACGCGGGCAAUCCCAAAACGCGAGAUCAAAUAUAUAGACAGAUUGAGGCGGAGUUCGCGGAUGCGGCGACACGUGAUCGAGGAAAAAUAUCAUUCAUGCCGAUUUCUGCUUUUGGUUUGAUGCAAAUCACUCGAUCACACAUCCCUUACGGGCCAAAAGUCGAGGCAAAGGAUGUGCGCCGCGAAGAUGCGCGAUCGUCUACGAAGUCGUCGGCCACAAAGUGGUUGGACAAACGCAAGACGAGGUAG